AUGUCCGUUUUGCAAAUCGUGGUGCUUUGCUGCAGCAUGCACACAGGUUUCGCUGAGCUGUUUCCAGAGACCGUUCCGCAGCUCAAAGCGGACGAUCCUCUCAUGCCGAAUGAAGAGACAAGUGUUAAAGAUUGUCCAUUUACUGUGUAUCCUCUUGGUGGGUUUGCACUGGCCAGCUCAAUAGCCGCUGAUCGGUACAUUGACAAAUCCUACAGUCAUACAGUAAAGGUAGUCAACGGCGAGAGCACGUGUGUUGGGUUGAUUGUCGACGAAAAGCACGUGCUGACCACUUCUGAGUGUGCUCCGGAUGACGGUCCCCUGCCCGAAGUGAAGCUCUACAACGAAACCCUUCCGCCAUUGGAAACUACGGAAAUUUUUCGCAAUCCUGACUACAAUGUUACCGUUCUUCGUCUUGAUUCGUCUAUUAAGCUUACAAUACUGGCUGUUCCUACUUGUUUCUGGGAUACGCCCUACGACGACGGGUUUGAGAAAAUCCAAAACAUUUUUAUUGCACCGAACGGAACAUUAAGCCUGGAAGAGACAAAGUGUUCAUUCCAGAACCGAAAAGAUUGUCUCGAGGCUCUUAGAAAAACGGAUACCAUUGUACAGACGAGAGCCAUUGGCCAGUAUCGGAUGCAUCCGUUCGUUUUCACCUUUGGAUCAGAUGAUGAAGGACUCGCGUUGCCAGUAUCAAAAUACAUUGAAUGGCUGGGAACGGUUACGGAGGAGAAAAUAAAGUCUUCGGAUUGCGUCUCCCAGUAUAUUGAAUAUCGUGAGUAUGAGGAUAGUAUGGUUCAAAGGAGUGACAACUAUCAGAGUGUCCAGUACUCAAAAAGUCGCUUAUCGAGCACAAGUGUAAGCCAAUACAAGGUGCGUAUAGUGCCAAACACGACGGAGACAGGCUCCAAACGGCACUGCUAUGGAUCGCUGAUUGCACCAAAGUUUAUCCUCACUGCUGCAAAUUGUCUGCAUCAAUAUGACGUUGACAGCUAUAUUGUUGAGAUGGGCCAGCAAAGUGUAUACUACCCGGUAGAGGAUUUCGGUAUACGAGUACGCACUUUGGCACGCAAGGUUCACUAUCAUCCGGAAUUCAACGCAGACACGCUGGAGAACGAUAUCGCAUUAUUAGAACUAGUGACUCCCAUUUCUGAAUUUAAUAAAACACUGGUCCCUGCCUGUAUCUGGUCGCAGGAUAAAUUCCCUGUGAAUCAGUUCCAAACCAAUGGCUAUGUUCCGUUCGAGGAAACCGACGAGGAGACCGUUCGGACAAAGCAGAGGUAUGCCACGGCGGACGUGCUGGAAGAGUGCGUAGAGAAGGUACCGCAGCAUAAAAUCUGUGCCGGUUUUCCAACGGCUCUGGCGCCGAACUCGUGCCAUAACAGUAUCGGGUCAGCCAUGUCGCGCUCGCUGUUCAGCUACGAUCGUUUCUUCGAGUAUAUCUUUGCAAUCAACAGCCGGGGUGAGAACUGCGGUUUUAACAUGCCGACCGUCUAUACCGUUAUAGCACCGUACGUGCAGUGGAUCGAUAGUGUCAUUUUUGCAGACAAAGUACAUUAUAAGGAUAGCACGAAAUACUAUGGCGAUCGCUGCAAAAAUGGAGCCGGCGUCGAAGGUACAUGUGUGGGCCUGACUCAAUGUCCGAGACUAGCAGAGGAGGUUAAAAGUGACCAAUCAUCGGCGGACGUGCAAACUGCUGCAGGAUCUUGUUCGUUUGAAUUUGCAGAUUUGACAGUGUGCUGCACGGAACGAGACUUACUGAGAAACGAGACCUAUCGGGAGCAAUUAGCUCAAGCGACGGCAGAGAUCGAUGCUUGCCCACAGCUGUAUCACGAGUUCCGUAAGAAUAAGUCGCCAUACAAAAUAGACAACUUCCCUACCUAUCCAUACCUGGUCCGUAUCCACGACGAGGGCGAGCAUUCGUGUAAUGGUACACUGAUAUCGAAACAGUUUGUCCUAACUACUGCCAUGUGCUAUCGGAAGCUUGCCGAAGAUAAGGUCACUGUUGUAGUAGGCAACAGUACGAAGCACAAUUUCUCUCUUCAUCGUGCAAUAACGCAUCCACAGUACAGCGAAAACCCGAUGGAGUUCAAUUUGGUGCUGCUGAUGCUGAAGACACCGGUCACGGUGAAUAAUGAAACCAUUCCGGCAUGCCUUUGGUACAACCAAACCCACACACCGUUGCGGUUGCAGGAAGUGUACGCCAAUCCGAACUACACUCAUCAGUAUCGGUACCCGCUGUUCAACAAGGAGUGCCUACGGAGAAACGUGGCCAACGUUACCGACUUGUAUUUGUGCGUCGAAAAGGAUUCGAUGUUCUAUCAAGGUUUCGUGCGCAACAACGUUGACGGUGGCAACGCCCUGGUCAGUCACUUUGCUCAAGAUGUAGAAGAGUAUCAGGUUACUUAUCUGGUCGGAUUGUUCGGUACCGAGCGGACCAUCGAGCAUAAGGGCAAUGCGGAUGACAAUGAUUUCGGAGAGAUUCCACCUGUUCGUUAUUAUGGGGUCUAUCAACGUAUUAGCGAGUACUACAGCUGGAUCAAACAUGUGAUUGGUGUGGAAAUGCAGCACGAUUAAGAGGUCUGUUUUUCUGCAAAUCAAUAGAUGAUCAAAAUGAAUUGUUAAAUUAAAUUCAUCAUAUUAAUUCGUUUACAAAAGUUCAAAUAUAUGUAAGGUUUCGGAUGACAAUAUCAAC